CUUCGUUUGUUGUUGCCUUGAUAACCCAUUUCUUUUAGGUUUGCAUUCGUGGAAUAUGAAGAUCGCAAGAACGCAGAGGAGGCCAUGGAAAAGUACAAUGGAUUCGAUGUCGAGGGAAGACGCUUGAAGCUGGACUGGGAUAUUGGAUUGAACAAGAAAGACAUUAAGCCUCCACGCUUGACUGGAACGACAGAGAACAACACCGCUGAGACUUCUCCUCAGCCUCAGACACGUACGAUCACGGAGGCCUCAACCCCUGCCGAAGGUGAAUCCAAGACCUCGUCGGAGUCUACGGCUGCUGCCGAUAGCGCACCAAUGGAUAAUGCCCAGGGCGCGGGCGUGCAGACCCAGGAGUUGCAUCAGUCGGAGCAAUCGAAGCAAGUUUCAGGAUCUGGCAGUCGUGGCAUGAUGCUAAUUGAUGAUUGUAAUGUCAAAGCAGUUGCUAACAGCUGCUUUUCUUUCUCUAAUUGAUCUACCAGUGAGCACGAACAUGCCAUCGCCCCAUCUGAGGACACGACAGCAGAAACUGGAGCGCAAGGCGCCGCCACGGAGCAGCAGGAGCAGCAGGGGCAGGGGCAGGGGCAGGA